GUUUUUUUUAUAAAAACCGCAACGGAAGCUUUAAAAAUGAGAACAUUAUUUUCGAGAUUAUUUCGAAACAAAACCACCAAGGAUCCUUUUAUAGAGGUUAGAAUGAUAGUGUUUUAGAAUGACAACCUUUGAAGCCUUUGAACCUACUUCGUUUUGGGGUGUUGAUGAAGAUGGAAAGAUCAAAGAGGAUGAUAUUCUCUACAAAUAUCCACCAUCAAGAUUAAGGUACUUGGAAUGCUAGUUCACAUCUUGUAUGAUGUACUUCUUAAGCCUUUAAGUGCUUAACUCAAAUAAGCACUAAAGGAGAAGCACUUCUAAGCAUCAAAUCUUCACAUUACUUCAAAAGACUAGAAGAAGAGGAGGAGAGAUGAUGAUUACAGUUUGGAGAAGGGAGGAAGAAAAUAGUAUAUACUAGCCAAAAACAAGCUCCAUGCACUUUCUUAUAUACUCCCAUGCAAGACAAGACUUUAGAUUAUAAUAAUAUAAAGUAAUGGUAGCCUUUAGGAGGAUCAGGAGAAUAAGAAGAAGGUUGACAAGCAACCUCUCUUCAACCUUAUAAACUUCGGCCAUGGAGUGUCCAAGAAUACAAAAUUAUGACUUAGUUACUUUAGUUACAUAAAGGUAAAUAAUGGUAAAUAACUAGCAAGUCUAAGGUUAGCUAAAGUGUACAAAACUUUGUUCAUGACUUAUUAAAUCAUACCAUAUGUUAUAAUAAAUAGUUAUGCUCUUUUUAAUUAUUAUUUUCACAAAAACAAUAAGUAUUCCCUAAUUAAAUACAAGAGUUGAUUAUUUAUUAAUAAUCAUAUUAAGAAUAAGUAUAUAAAAUGUGCGAACUUGAUAAAAGGUGUGACCCUGUAGGAUCGUAUGUUAUUAGCAAUAUCAUUCAAUAAUGAUUCUUGAGUAAAAAGAUCCAACAGAUGAUCCCUUAACAUAUUUCACACAUUAUCUAAUUUGUUUUUCCUUUUUUCCACAACAACAUCGAGUUGUUUCAACCCACCUUGAACUAUUAGAUUAAGAAGAUGAUCAAAACAACUAAUACAUAAUAGAUUACCAUUAUAUACCAACAAAUUAAUCAAUAGCAUUUGAUUCUUAAGCAACUCAACACAAACAUCAUUGGAGGAAGCAUUAUCCAAAGUAAUAAAAAACAAUUUCUUCGUUUCAACAUUUUUUAUCAAACCACUGGUCUUUUCGGUGAAAGCAACACCGGUAAUUAGAUGAGUUAUUUGGUAAAAGUUGAGAUUUCUCUUUUGCAAUAUCUAAUUGUCAUCAACCUAAUGGGCAGUCAAACUCAAGUAACCAUAUGUAAUAGUUAAGGUCCAGGCAUCAUAAGUUAAGCAUAUUCUACUAGGACCUCAAACCAGGUCAUCAUGAAGUCUGUUACAUUGAUCUUCAUAUAACUUCGUAGUAUCAAACUUUGUUGUGUUCUUGUAGUAUGAUUGACACUUGGUUCCAACUAUGUUAAAUAUUUCUAAUUACUUCAUAUUCGACAAAAGAGAAUGACAAGUUAUGUCUAACUAUAACAUGAAUCAACAAUCACCUGAAUUUUUCUUGAUUAAACUCUGGAUUUCUUACAUCCAUAACAACCUUACUAGAAGAAAUCAUAAAUUGACUGAUAUCUUUGGUUGAUAUUAUAAUACAUGUUUUUUAAUGAUAUAUUAGAUUACUUAUACCAUAUUUUUUUGAUACUAGGUGAUGAGAUAUCAUCUCUCGGAUUGAUUCCCUCUAAUGUGAGAUCUUUAUCACAAUCAGAAAUGAAAAGAAAGUCAUCAGUCGUGCUCUCGGAGGAGGUGUCGAGAGAACACUAUGACAGUCAAUUUAGUUUUCUCAUGAGAAUGAGUGUAAAUAGUAUAUAUAUAUAUAUAUAUAUAUAUAUAUAUAUAUAUAUAUAUAUAUAUAUAUAAAAGGAGACUAACAUCUCUUCCUGAGGAAUGGUUCGCCUUUUAUAGUAAGGAUUGUGGAGGUUCCUCUUUUAGGGGACAAUGAUGUGACCCCUACUGCAAGAGGGCGACACCGAAUGGUGGAUCAAAUUCUUUUUCUUUUGUUUGAGUUGUGAUUGGCUCAGAGUAAAUAUUGGUAGUAACAUGAGCACGCCUUCUAUUGUACGCCAGUAUUGUUUGUCGCCAUGUGACCUUGACUGUAUAGAUGUAACCACACAUAGCUAGUGGCCUAGACGAUGUGCUGGCGUGGUUGCUUGGUAGCAUGGGCGCAAGGCGGCCAUACUGUUAAGUUAUUAAACUGUCUUGACGGGAGGACUGUUAAGAUACGAGGUAAUUCUUUUGCCGUUAAGCCUAUGAUGUAUAGACAUAUAGUCGUAUCUACGAGAUUCAUUAUCACUAAAUAUUUUAAACCAUAUUUUAUGCACUCAUAAUAUAUGGACUCAAUUAGUUUUUGUGGGAGCUUAAGAAAACUCUUCCAAAAGCCAAAAGUUUGUUUCUUGGUUUUCCUUUUCUUUGUAGCAUUACUUUCAACACCAUUUGAUUCAUUUUCUAGUGUAGUUUCUUCGAUUAAAUCAUCAAUUUCAUCAUGAAUGUCCAUAUGUUUGGUAUGAGUAUCUUCCAUAACUCAACUACAAAAAUAAAUAACAUGUUUUAUUAGGACCAACUAAAAGUAAUUCAGACAUUGUGGUAUGUACUAUAUUUUAUUAGGACCGAUCGAACGAAAUUAAAAGUAAAAUUUAAGAAAAACGACAUAGUUUAUUAGGACCUAUUGUAAGAAAGUGAAAGAACUUAAGAUUGUAGGUAGCCAUCUAUAGUUUUGAGGUUCCAACGGUCAACUCAUCAAGUGUCGAUUGGAAAUUAAGGUUAACACUGAUAUCACAUAAAUAUCCGUUAUCCAACAAUAGGGCCAAUUGCAAGAAACAAAUCAGCAAUAAGCAAAAGGACAAUAUGUUGCAAAUGUUGGUAGAACCGAAGAAGUGUAUUUUGGAAGCAAACGAAUGGAAGGGCCAAGGAUGAAAUCAUGCUAUAUCGAGAAGGUGGAGUUGUGGGUUGUUAUAAGUUAUAAGUUAUAACAGAGGCCGAGAGAGUAUAGGGCAUCGUUUCUUAUCAAUGAUUUUCAUUACUUAGGGCAUAAGGGUGCCAUCACAUAUUCAAAAAACAAAUAUUCUUUUUAACCUAAUAUAGCACAGGUCCACCUACAAACCUGCUCACCAACCGAAACACGACCCAUUUUUCCGUUUUGCCAUACCGGUUAUACGAAAAGAGAACCCAAACCCAUUUAAAAUCAAUCCGAACAUGUUUAUUUAUUUGUCCCUAUCGAGAAUUGACAUCUCUAACCAUUUCAACUUCUAGACAUCAUAAUCCUCUAGUUAUAGACCAACUUUUACUUUAUGAAUGCAUUAAAAACCACUCAAUUAAUAAAUCCACGAGUCAUAUAGUUUCAAUAAUAAGUUGAGAAAAUAAAAGAGUUAGGGUUGAUGGUGUCCUCUGUUUCUCUUUAUGGUGUUGUGAUCUGACACUGCCCAAUAAUUUAAAUUGAUUUGACCUAAGGGGUAUCUUUGCCAGUCAAAUUUGCAGGUCCUAUAGCUUUUAAGGACUCGUCAGUAUAUUAAAUCCCAAACAAACUGCCAAAUUCCAUUCAUAAACUCCACCAUCUUCACAAAAAAAAUAUAAAAACAUUAAAAAGAAAUAGACAUUUUGUUGUACCAUAAAAACAUCAAAAUGAUGCUUCAUGUCAUAUCAUUUCUCAAAACUUUUUCAAUCUUUCUUUGCAUGUGAUAUGUUUCAGUCUUUCAACACAACUAACUCCAUUCUUCCACAUUAUUAUAUGUAUAUAUACUUUUAACAUUUUAUAACAUACAGAUAUUUUAUAAAAAUAUAAUAAAAAAAAAAAACAGUCACUCAGUGUAUGACAUGCAUUUAAAUCUUGGUGUACAUGUGUAUUAUGUAAUAUGAAUUUCCGUAAAGGUGGCAGAGAUACAUAGGUAGCAAACAAUGACUGAGUGAAAUCUGGUGUUGUGUGAGGUAAAGGGACCCCUCAAGAACACAACAAAUUUACACAGUUGAGUGCAGAAGAGAGAAGGGGUGGGGUGGGGUGGGGUGGGGGUGGGGGUAUAGUACCCCUACCCCUAUAUACAUAGGAACCCCAUCUUCCCAACAACAGAGUAUCUCAGAGGUGGUUUAUUAAACCAAGAGUUUGAAUCAAGGAGACAAGAUGAUGAGUAGUGGUAGUAACGUAAAUCUUUUCACAACAGCACAAUGGGAAGAACUGGAACAGCAAGCUUUAAUCUACAAAUACAUGGUUUCAGGUGUUCCUGUACCUACUCAUCUCAUUUUGUCUGUCAGAAGAAGCUUAUACAACUCUUCCUUUACGAAUCCCUCUAAUCAAUUUGGAGUAUGGGAAGGAAACUUUCAGUAUAAUCAGUUGUAUCAAAUUGGGGGAAGGAAAAUCGAUAUGGAACCAGGAAGAUGUAGAAGAACAGAUGGAAAAAAAUGGAGGUGUUCGAAGGAAGCGUACCCGGAUUCGAAAUACUGUGAGCGACAUAUGCAUCGUGGUCGUAAUCGUUCAAGAAAGCCUGUGGAAUUAUUAUCUUCUUCUUCUACUACUUCUUCGUCUUCUUCAUCUACUGCUGUUAACGUUUCUUCAUCGCCAUUAACGACAACCACAAAUAUCUCGAAAUCGAUCUCGCCUUCUGAUCAUCUUACGUACCACAACACCCGGCACACUCGAUCGUCUCCUAUUCAGACCAACUUCAUCGAUUACAGGUACUUGCAAGAUGAGAGAUCGGUUUUCUUCCCACAAAACGAUCCAUACACCUCACAAAAGAUGACUGUUAAUGCUCCAUCUUCAUCUGAUCAUCAAAACUACUCUCACUUCAACUUUCAGAAUCUCAAAAAUCAGCAACAACACAAAGAGGAAGAUAUCGAUUUCAUAAAAUCAUCGGAAGAAACCAAAUCCAGUAUCCAAAUCGACACAAAACUCGAUGAAAUUCCCAAUAAACAAACAUUCCACCACUUUUUUGCACCACAAAAACCCAACGACACUCCUAGCUGGAUUGACGUUGACCAUCAUCAACACCAAAACUUCAUAAACCCACAGAAAUCGCCAUUGUCAACCCAAGACCUUUUCCAAUCCAAACCCAGAUCCUACUGGUAGUAUAAGAAAGAGAAUGAUAUGAUAUGAAUUUGGGAUUAUUACUUAUUAUCAGUAGUAAUUAGUAGGUAAGAAUGUUUGUUUAAGAAUUAAGAAUUAAGAAUUAAGAAUGAAUGGUAUUGGUAGGUAGAUGUUGGGGCAAGGGGGGUAAAAAGUGUUUGUGGAGUUUACUUGUCAUUAUCAAGAUAUUGUAAAACACAGUUUUCACUUUCAUCUGAAUCUGAAUAUGAAUAGUG